AUGGAGGAUAACUCAGUGUUGAAUGAGGACUCAAACAUUGAGGAUGUCGUUGGAAGACCGACAGCGAAUCUCCAACAAUCUGGCCAUUCUUCUGGGAAUCCACGAAAAUCGAUGUCUCAGCCUUCUUUGGCAAUUAUUGGAGAAAGUGGAGAGACUUCAUCUACUGCGGCAGCUCGCAAGCCUGGAAUGUCUGGCUCAUUUUCCAAUUCGAACGUCAGAAGCAUUCCAAUCAUCCAAACAUGGCACGAAAACGAGGAGCUGAAGGGCCAGCUUUAUAGCUUGCGGUGCGAGGUGCAGAUGCACGAGCGACGGUACCUUGAGGCGAAAGGAGUAUGCCACAAAAAAGUUCAAGAUGUCCUUGAUGAAUAUGUAGAGAUGAAGAUCGCUCAAGAAGACUAUGACGAGAAAAUGAGAGACUACAAAAUGCUCCAGAAAGAACUUCAAGAUAUGCAGAUUAAGUUGGAUAAUUCGGAGAGCAACUUUGCCGGGCAAGUCGAUCAAUUUGAUAAACAGAGGAAGGACAUGGAGCAGAGAAUUCGUGAUCUAGAAGCUACUACAGCACCAGAUCCGAACAAUACCACAUAUGGCACACUUCGCGGAACGCUCGAUGACAUAAUGAAGAAAGAUGACCCAGAUUUCACUUUGACAUCUGGUUAUGAAGAGAGAAAGAUUGCUGAGCUUGAGAAUAAACUUCUCUCUGAAAUGGACAAAGUUGCCGAGCUGGAAGAUCAAAUAAAGAGCUUGCUGGCGGAGGUUGAAGACCAGUCAGCCAGACUUGCUCAGUCGGAAAACAUCCGUAUCCAGUUGGAAGCAGCUGCCUCUCAAGUCAUUCCUAGUGCGAACGUUCCCAACUCUACGUUUGUCAUCGGAAACGCUCGUGAAUCACAAACUGAAGAACAGAUUAAGUACAUCGACGAGCUCGAAACUAAACUCACUGAUGCGAAAAAUGAAAGCGAGAAGGCACGGUUGGCUCUUGUGGAGUACAUGAACAGAUGUAGCAAAUUGGAAAAUGAGAUUCAUAGAUUGAAGAAGUCGACUUUCGAUUCCUCCUCUGUACUGAUUGGCGGUCAGAGUUCCGAAGAGUUGAAGGCACAGAUCGAGAAAGUGACCGGAGAGUUGAAGGAAUUACGUAAUGAGAAUCGCUAUCUUCGUAUUCGAUGUGAUCAUUUGACUGGUGGAGAUGGAAACCUCAGUAUGUCGCUUGGUCAAAGUCGAUUGAUGGCUGGAAUAUCUCCCAGCGAUUUGGUAACAUCUAUGCAGGAGAAUGAAACAGGCGGAACAUCGAUGCGCAUGCUUCCCAGAGAGAGUCAAUUGGAUGAUUUGGAGGAGAAUAAGCUGCCACUUAUGGACACUAGUGCCGCUGUGAGAAGUGUUAGUUCGAAAUUUGAAACUAGAUGUAAAAAUAAAAAUGAUGCGAUUUUUCAGAAGGAAGCAUUCGAUGCAGCCUAUAAUGAUUUCGAAUCGCUCAAGCAAGGUCUGACAAGCUCUUUCAAUGCGUCUAUGCCACCACCUGACAGAGACGCCACGCAAUCAUUCCUCAGUCACAAGAGCUUCAAGAACUCGCCAAUGAUGAAGCCAAAACCACUGCACAUGCUUUUGAAGAGUCACCAAAACGAGACUGCUGAACAGAUACAGAAUCACUCGUUCUCUACAAAAACUGCAUCUCUCCAAGCUUCGCACUGUCACAUGCCACUCCUUCAAGACGUACAACACAUUCUCGACUCAUCAGCCAUUCUUCUUGAAGGACAGCACGAAGCUGCUGCAAACACGGAGAAGAUGCAAGCGAAGAUGACCCAGAUCAGAGACGCGCUCUCGCGUCUUUUCGAGAGGCUGAAGUCAUCUGCAGCGUUGUUCGAAGAUAUUCUGGAAAAGAUGGGAUCAAGCAGUCCAUUGGCCGACCGCAUCAAGCAGAUGAAGUUGGCAUUUGAGACCAGUAUUUCGGAUCAUGCCGAUGUAUCAGGGCUCCUUGAAGCAGCUGAAAAAGAUCUUCACACUAUGUCAGUCAACUUCUCGAUUCUCGAAAAGUCGAUCAUCACUGAAUCUUUUGUUGCUGACGUAUCAAGAAGAUUCACAAUUGCACCGCAUUCUGAAGAUGUUGCCUCUUCGUCACUUCUUAAUGCAUCCUAUAGCCCAAUCUUCAAAUUUUCAAGCAAUACAAUUGAAGUGGAGAAGCUUCAAAAUGAAGUCGCAGAAUUGAGAAGCGAACUCGACAAGGCUCGUGCAAGAGAGUUGAAGUCCCCUCUACAAGGCUCACCGGGGCGAUUGUCAGAUGUACAGAUCAAGGCAGCUCAGAACUUCGAAGAUCUUGAAGUGUGUCAGGCGACACUCAAAAAAAUCGAAUCAGAAAAGGCCGAGCUGGAAAGUGAAAUUGCUAAGCACGAGCUUACUCAUCACCGACUUGUCAACGAGUUAGAGGAAAUUCGGAGAGAACUUGAGAAAGCAUCGAUUCGUGUUUCCACAGAGCGCAAAGCUCGCUUACAAGCCGAAGAAAUUCUGGAGGAAACGAAAAGAUCUGUUCAACAACUCAAGAAAGAACAUGAAAAUGCUAUGAUGAUUGAGGUUGAUUAUCGUGUCACAGAAGCUCGUGAGCAAGUUGAAAGAGAGAGCAAGCAAGUCAUUGAAAGUCUUUCGGUCGAACUUCGCACUGCGUUGGCUGAAGAGAACGCGGUCCGGGAUCACUUGGAGGAAAUGAAAGAUGAAAUGCAGAAAUUGAAACGAAGAACUAAAGAAGCAGAAGACAAGGUCGAAUUCUCAGCCAAUGAGAAGCAGGAGAUGAUGGGACACAUUGCCAAUUUAGAAGAGCAUCUCGAGAAAGUUUCUCUCCAGGAAAAAGAAUUUACCGACUGUGAUGCUAAAUUGACAGCUAGAAAGAAGGAAAUCGAGUUGAUCAAAUCACGAGACGACAUGGAGUUGGCCGCUAUUGAAGGAUUGGAACGGGUCAGAAAAGAGAUUGCUGAGCUGACCAAGAAGACUUUGAAGGUUCCUCUUAUCAAAGGGGAUUCAUCCUCAAUUCAACAUGUUUGCGACGAGAUUUGUCGUCGAAUCAGUCGAGAGAGCCAGCUGCAGCAUGAAAGUGCGGAAACGCUGAAAUACGUCAAUGAUAAAAUCGAAAGUCUUCAAAAGGACAACAACGAGUUGAAGGCAUCAUUGAAGGCGGCAGUUGUGAAUAACGAAAAUGUGCCACCCGUCGAAGCAAACGGCCCAAAAACAGCGUCCACAUCAACAAAGCCAAAGGAACCAUCCAAUUUCGUCAGCCCAACACGUCAACUGCUUCACGAGUCAACGAUGGCGGUUGAUGCUAUUGUCCAGAGACUGAAAAAGACCCAUAACAUGUCUGGAAUGAACUCGGAACUCAAGGAAACCAUUGUUAAUUUGAUAAACGAAUCAAGAACACUUCGUGAUUAUCUGCACAAAAAGUUGAUUUUGUUCAAGGGAAUCGAUAUGACAAAAUGGGAGAAUGCGUCGGUUGAUAAGUUGGUCGAGAAACUUGGACAAUAUCAACAGGAUAAUUUGAUUCUUGAGGAAGAAAUCAAGAAAUAUAAGAAGGAGUUGAAACUUACCAAAGCGGUCGUUCCAGUGAGUUCGAACUCUACCGAUGAUCUGACGACAAUUAUUUUUUUUCAGAAUCUUGGUGCUGAUGUUCAGGAGAGAAUCAAGAGAGAGAUCGGUGGAAUCGCCAAAGAUAUGGGAGCUGUAAAAGAAUUGAGAAAGAAGUAA